CGGGGCCAUUUCAGAAGUAAGAAUUUUCUGUCAACGUUGACUUCUCUUUGGGUAUGGAGAAAGCAAAAGGCAAAAAGAACUCCACGAAGUCGGGGGAAGACUCUCUGGCCGGCCAAUCCCAACCAGUAUCAGAAGAAGCUAGAGGGAAACAGCAGGCUUCUGGUGAACCAAAGUUGCAAAGAACUUCCAUGAGCGGGACCAAACGCAAAAGAUCUAUGAAAGAAGACAAAGCUUCUCAUUCAGAAAAGAAGGCACAAGGCGAUGGAAAAGUAAGACUUCGGAAGAAAAUCCCAGUUCCUCCAUUACCUUCUAAAUUGCCACCGGCCAACAUGCUUCACCGAGACGUCCUGCGGGCCUGGUGCCAACAACUAAAGCUGAGCACCAAAGGCCAGAAACUAGAUGUAUAUAAGAGAAUCUGUGAAUAUGCUUACCCCGAUCAGAAGAAGAACAUUCCUGUCACCGCAGAGGAGGCCAAGAUUCUCACACAGUCACAAAGAAGAUCAAAGAUGGACCAGGGGGAAAUGUCUCUGGCAAGUUCUGGGAAAAGAAUAUCUUCUGAUGGAACUUACCUUCCUGAAGUGGCUGCUUCCCCUGAGGGUGGGGCCCCUGCCCAUGUUGGGUCUGAUGCUCUCCUGGAGGGAGUCGAUACUGUUGUUGUGACAACUUCGGCCCCAGAUGCUGUGUUUGCCUCCUGGUCCAGAAUUGCAGCCAGGGCUGGGAAGAUGGAGACAGUGGAAUCGCCCCAGGAGGCCCACGGUGUCAGGUGGUGUGUGGUCCAUGGAAGAAGUCUGCCUGCAGACACAGAAGGUUGGGUUCACCUGCAAUUUCAUGCAGGACAAGCCUGGGUGCCUGAAAAACGAGGGAGAGUAUGUGCCCUGUUCUUGCUGCCGGCCUGCAAUUUUCCACCCCCACACCUGGAGGACAAUAUGCUGUGCCCCAAAUGUGUUCGAAGGAAUAAGGUGUUAAUGAAAAGCCUCCAAUGACCUUACAGUACCAGGAAAAGGGGUACAGCUGUGAUUAUAAUUAAUGAUAGAAAGGAAACUACAAUCAACUCCAGUGUGGCUGGCUGGCUGGCUGGCUGGCUGGCUGGCGGCGGGACGGCAGGCUGCUCCACACCCUCCAUCUUCCUGCCUCCAGGGCACACAGGCUGGUGCGUUGCAGGUGUUACCCUCUGACCCCCACCUGGGCCUGCAGGGUCGUGGGUUGGGAUACAGGGGCUCUUAACGCUUUAGGUUGGAAACGCAUUUCAGAAAUCACCGUUCGUUCUACUUAAUAAGAUGAAAAAGUCAUUCACACUACCCAAUGUUGACCCUUCUGAAAUAGAAGUGACCUUAACAGUUCCUUUAAAGUGGGAGCCUGAGGGGCGCCUGGGUGGCUCAGUCAUUAAGCUUCUGCCUUCGGCUCAGGUCAUGAUCCCAGGGUCCUGGGUUCGAGCCCCGCAUCGGGCUCCUUGCUCAG